CACACACACACAGCCAUGGUUACCGACUACAAGAUCCUCGGCGACGCCAUCGCCCUGCCCUUCAGCGGCCGCAGCGCGCCGUCGCGCUUCAUGAAGAGCGCCAUGACGGAGCGCCUCUCGUCGUGGGACCAGCACGACCCGACGAACCGCGGCAUCCCCUCCGACGAGCUCGUGCGCGUGUACGAGGAGUGGGGCAAGGGCGGCUGGGGCAUCGUCGUGUCCGGCAACCUCAUCGUCGACACGAUGAACCUCGAGGCGCCCGGCAACAUGAUCAUCCACCGCUCGCAGCAGAAGCAGGACGAGCUCGAGUCGCAGAUGCGCCGCCUCAUCGCCGGCAGCAAGGCCGGCGGCGCGCUCUUCGUCGCGCAGCUCAGCCACGGCGGCCGCCAGGUCACGUCGGCGAUCCAGCCGAACCCCGUGUCCGCAUCCGACGUCAAGCUCGAUGACCGCAUGGGCAUGAGCUUCGCCAAGCCGACGCCGCUGACCGAGGAGGGCAUCCGCGAGACGGUCGAGAACUUUGCCUACGCCGCGCAGAAGCUGCACGAGUGGGGCGCCGACGGCGUGCAGCUGCACGCUGCGCACGGUUACCUCCUGGCACAGUUCCUCGCGCCGAGCACCAACCAGCGCACUGACAAGUACGGCGGCUCGGUGGCGAACCGCGCGCGCAUCAUCUACGAGAUCUUCGACGCCAUCAAGAAGCGCGUCAACGACCCGAAGUUCGUGCUCGCCAUCAAGAUCAACUCGGUCGAGUUCCAAAAGGGCGGCUUCAGCACCGAGGAGAGCGCCGAGGUCUGCGCCGAGCUCGAGAAGAUCGGCGUCGACGUGCUCGAGCUGAGCGGCGGCACGUACGAGGAGCUGGCGUUCGGCCACCGCCGCGAGAGCACCAAGAAGCGCGAGGCCUUCUUCCUCGAGUUCAGCGACGUCAUCGUCAAGCAGCUGCAGAAGAGCACCGUGUGGACGACGGGCGGCUUCCGCACCGCCAAGGCCAUGGUGCAGGCCGUGCAGGACGGCGCGACGCAGGGCAUCGGCCUCGCACGCCCCGCCACGCAGGACUUUGACAUCCCGCGCAAGCUCUACACGGGCAAGCUUGACGCGGCGCCGCAGGGCCUCAUCCCCGAGGACGACUUUGGCAUGACGAACCUCAUCGCGGGCACGCAGAUCCGCCAGGUCGGCAAGGGCCUGCAGCCGUUCGACAAGAGCGACGAGUCGGCCGUCGGCGAGUUCAAGGCGACGGCGGGCAAGUUCAUGGAGGCCGGCGCCGCGGCCGCCAAGGACGGCGUCGUCAACGCCGGCUACCCGGACCACGCCGGCUCGCCGUAUGUCCCGAUCGACACGGCCCAGUAGAGCGCUCCUCGCGCACCCUAGACUUGCCCCACAUUGCUCUCUGUCUUAAUUUGCAUGCAUUGGUCCCCUACC